UAUCAACAAGACCAAACAUGGCAUUCUUGGAAUAUGUGUGUUGUUGUCGAAUGCGUCCUUUAAAGUUGUAAAUGAAGAGUGUAAUUUAUAGUAUUGAAAUACCGUACAUCUUCUAGUCAAAUGGACGAUGGCUUUUUCUGAGAUCUGAUCGCACUAAGGUAAUAAUCUGUAAAUAUUUUGGUCACCGUUACAGUAUUAUUGGUGUUUUUUAUAGUCCAGCCUAUGGCUAGGCUCACCACGCUGUAUAUACAAUUCAACAAACAUAAUCAUCAGCUUAAAAAUUAACAUACAUUAGUGAAAAAAAACAAAACAAUGGUAUAUUCAACCCACCCAUUCCAUAACUAUUUACAUGUCAAGCCAUGGACGGCACCCGGCAUAGUAAUUAUUACUUCUCUUGUUUAGCUCAAAGUUUGGGAGAUAAUCAGUCAUGAUUAUUUCAAAUAUGUUUAAUUUAAAUUAUUUUUUAAAUAAUUUUAAUCAUGAUAUUUGUCGUGGACGAGCGCCCAAGGGCGUAAAGAAGUACCUCUAUGAAUUUCCAAACCCUAACAGGUCAGCCUUUACCAGGGGCGUCUUCACAGUAGUGGGAUAGACACCCCUGGCCAAUACCACAGUUAGUGCAUAUGCCGCUCCAGCAAUAUUCACAUCGGCAGUAACAUUCACAUCGGCAGUAACAUUCACAUCGGCAGUAACAUUCACAUCGGCAGUAACAUUUACAUCUGGCAGUAACAUUCACAGGGGCAGAUAAAUGAUUGACAAUAUGACAUGCUCGUUCACUGUUAGACUUAAACUGACUGUGUGCUAUAUUGUUUACAGUUAACUUGUAAAGUAACAGUUAACAACUACAGGAAGGUCUUAAUUUUUAGGAUAUUUAUAAUAUUCUCAAUAAAUAUCUAAUAUAAUAUUGCAUAAUAUUGUAGGUGUUUAGUUGCUUGUAAAUAGCCCUAGAAUAGAUCCAUAAUUUGUCCAGACAAAUCUUUUCACAUUAUGAACAUAUUUGAGGGAUGCGAGAAUGAAGAUUAGAAAAGUUCAUUUUUUUAAAGUGGCAACCUACACUGUGUUUGCUGUUCAGAUAGCUACAUGUUUUUGUUGUUUAAAUAGCUAUAUGCUAGCUGUUAUUAUAGCUUUGUUUUUUUUUCCCUCAAAUAGCUAUUUGUUUGUUGCUUAGAGUUUGCAGUGUCAGAUAUCGUUCUAUUUGCUGUUUGAUAUAGCUGCCAGCAGGCCGGCAUGCAUUCCGUAAUCUCAGCUUUAUAUUCCAGAUGUUAAACAUGAAUAAUUGGUUAUCUCUUAUCAUACCCCAUGCACUUGGCCCGCAAGCACAUCUUAUUCUCUGGUCCGCAGCAUGGACUUGGCCCGCAAGCACAUCUUAUUCUCUGGUCCGCAGCAUGGACUUGGCCCGCAAGCACAUCUUAUUCUCUGGUCCGCAGCAUGGACUUAGCCCGCAUGCACAUCAUCUUCUCUGGUCCGCAGCAUGGACUUGGCCCGCAAGCACAUCUUAUUCUCUGGUCCGCAGCAUGGACUUGGCCCGCAUGCACAUCUUUUUCUCUGGUCCGCAGCGUGUCAAGCCGACCCGUCGUACACAUCGAAUCGAUUUUACUUGACGUUUGAACCUAUCAACGCACCACUUGGCAGGCAGGCUAGACUUGCAAAGUAACUACGUUAUCACGACCAUGACUGUGUCAAUAGUUACGUUAUCACGACACGACUGUUUUAGCCGAGACCUUCAGAGGCCCAGCACCAGGGCUGCCACUCAUUUUUUUAAAAAUUCCCACGAUUAGAUCAAAAUAUUUCCAAAUAUUUCCCAAGAUCAAGAUAACAUAUAAGAUGUUUUUUUUCUAAAAAGGGAAAUUAUCUUGAGAUUCUUUUUUUUAAAGUGAGUUCUUGUCCUGGAUGGGGUAGUGAAUUCCCAAGAUCUUGGGAAAUUUCUCAAGGUGUGGCAGCCUUGCCCAGCACACUUGAAUGCUUGAAAAACCUCCACCCCCUUCCCCUUACCCUCCUUACUAUGACGUACUUUUUUGUGGGUAUUUCCCAACGCUUCUCUCAUGGUAAAUUCCUUUUUUUUUUGUUGUUUCACAGAACUCGACUUUCGGUUUGACGACGUCACGCGUCAUGCCGGGGUUAUGUUUUCUUCCUUAUUCCUGGGAGAUAACCUUUCUUUUUAGAAUUGGAAUAGCUGAUUUGUUUUAAUAGCUAGAUCUCAAGUUGAACACCCGUCUGUGGGCCGCAGCUCCAAGUUUCUAUGAAUCUUCGAAAUACAUAUCUUAAAAUUAGUUUUCAAUCACUUUAAGGAAUAUUACUAUGUCAUAUCUAUUGUAAUACUUGAAUAUUACUAUGUCAUAUCUAUUGUAAUACCUGAACAUUAUUAUUUCAUAUCUAUUGUAAUACUUGAAUAUUACUAUGUCAUAUCUAUUGUAAUACCUGAACAUUAUUAUUUCAUAUCUAUUGUAAUACUUGAAUAUUACUAUAAGAUGUAUGGAUUCUGUCAGGACGCAUAAACUAACCAUGCCAGUCUUGAUCGCUCCCCAAAAUUAACCAUUUUAGGCUCUUGCCUAACUGCGCUCACAUAGACCCCACCCUAACUGCGCUCUCAUAGACCCCACCCUAACUGCGCUCUCAUAGACCCCAUCCUAACUGUGCUCUCAUAGACCCCACCCUAACUGCGCUCUCAUAGACCCCACCCUAACUGCGCUCUCAUAGACCCCAUCCUAUUUGUGCUCUACAUCACAUUUUCUAUUUUGGCCUCCUUAAAAUAGUGUCCUAAAUGUAGUCUCUCGGAUCUGAUCCUAAUUGCGCUCCCCGAGAUCUGGUCCUAAUUGCGCUCCGCUAGGUCGGAAACUGUAUGUUUCCUGACCACUCUAUGUAUCUUUACGUUAAUUCGAUGUGAUCCAUCUCCCACGUUUGUAGCAUUCAUUGUAAACAGUCAUCCCUUGGCCUCCUUUUCUCCUGAGCUCCAAAUUGAAACCGCAAGUGUUCUUCAAUCUGCCAGCUAAAGUACGCUAUUUAGUAUUGGAUAUUAGUCAGAUUAUUUUAAGUCAUACCUUGACAGACACACCAAGUGUUGAAGGGCCUUGACAGACACACCAAUUGUUGAAGGGCCUUGACCAGACACACCAAGUGGUGAAGGGCCUUGACAGACACCAAGUGGUGAAGGGCCUUGACAGACACACCAAGUGUUGAAGGGCCUUGACCAGACACACCAAGUGUUGAAGGGCCUUGACAGACACACCAAGUGGUGAAGGGCCUUGACAGACACACCAAGUGUUGAAGGGCCUUGACAGACACACCAAGUGGUGAAGGGCCUUGACAGACACACCAAGUGUUGAAGGACCUUGACCAGACACACCAAGUGUUGAAGGACCUUGACAGACACACCAAGUGUUGAAGGACCUUGACAGACACACCAAGUGUUGAAGGACCUCAUCAAAUACUUGGAUGAACUAUAUAGACUUGGUGAUAUGAAAAUAAAGCUAUAGACAUAAAAUGUUGAGGAAGAGUUUCAGAAUCGAUUAUGAACAAAUAAAAGACGAUACUUCAUGAGACGUAAGUAAAACCGGCCUAUCUUAAGUAUUUUCUUAAUUUGUUUCAUGUUUAUGCAUAUUUCUGGAUGCCAUGUCUUAUGAUUAUUUAUAGAUGCCGUGCGUCUUACAAUUCUAUAGAUGACAUGUUUAUACAUAUUAAUAGAGGCCGUGAUUGAUCCAUAUUUAUGUAUGCAGUGUUUUAUAGAUUUUUAUAGAUGCCAUUUUAAAACAUAUUUAUUGAGGCCAAGUUUAAUAUAUCUAUAUUUGAAGGUGCCAUGUUUUAUGCAUAUAUAUCUGUUUAGAACCAUUUUAAACUUGUGGUGAGACUGUGAUUGAUAUUUUAUAGCUUGGCUUUGUCACGUGACAGCUAUAGACCAUGAGUGAUAACAAACAGAAGUCAGAGCUUUUUAAAUCAGACAUCUGUAAGUUGAUAUCAAAUUUCUUUGAGCCUUAUCUGUGUACAUUGAAGUUUAAGUUUAUUAACCAGAAUAAUAUUAUGUUAAUUUUUCAGGUGAAAUUUAAACAACAAAAUGGAGUUAACCUUUGACCUCUUGGAGACAGGAAGUCGAGGACAUUUAGAAGUUACAGAAACAGUGAAUUCUUGUAACCAAAUCUGGACUUUCCCCAGUGUUACAGUAAGUCGGGGCUUCUCACGAAUAUUUGGGCUUUCCCCAAAGUUACAAUUAGUGAGGGCAUCUUAAAAGAUGUUUGGGCUUUUCCCAGUGUUACAUUGUCAGGGAUUCUCAUGAUUUUUUGGGCUUUUCCCUAGUGUUACAUUAACUUAUAGGACUGUGAUGUAUAUCUCUUUGAAUAGAUAUGUUGUAUGUCUCAGUGGAACAAAUAUAUUGUAUGUCUAAGCUGAACAAACAUGCGUUAUGACUCAGUUGAACCAGUAAGCUGGCCGACGCUAUAUAGAUUGAUUAAUUCCCCCCCCCCGGCCCCACCACCGUAUUGAUUAGUAUUAGUAAGGUUUUAGUAUUAUGUUUAAUUCUCCAUCUGACGUCAUCAGUUGCCUGUGGACAUCCCGCCCGUCCUGACGUCAUUACGAGAGCAAGUUCAAGGCCACAUCGAUGACCCGAGUAGAAUUCCCAUCCACGUUGCGAGCACUUUCAAGUAAGAAUCACACGAAUUGCCUGGUUUUGUUCAUAUAAAACUGUUAUUAAAUAUCUAAAUACAAGUUUUAAUACGAAUGUUAAGUUUUUAAAGGGUCUACAGUUUUUACAAAAAAAAAGAUUUUUGAAAGAGCAUCUUCGGGGCCGUGCCAAGGAACAACUGAGCCUGGGACCAAGGCGACAUUUUUAUGCAAAAAAUCGGAAGAAUGUAAAUAAUUCUUUUCCUUCUCGAAUAAUGACCUUUUUUUGCGCACUUUAGGCCCUAAGUCAAACCCCUUCCUCGACUCACGUUAAGCAUUUUUAAGCUAGCGCUGCUUCUUUCGCUUUAAAAAAACUCUUUUUUUUUUCCGGAUGAAUUUUGUUUUCUGUUUAAUGCAACAAUCUGUAACAAUUAACAACUAGUUGUCUAUUGCAACAAUCUGUAACAAUUAACAACUAGUUGUCUAUUGCAACAAUCUGUAACAAUUAACAACUAGUUGUCUAUUGCAUCAAUCUGUAACAAUUAACAACUAGUUGUCUAUUGCAUCAAUCUGUAACAAUUAACAACUAGUUGUCUAUUGCAACAAUCUGUAACAAUUAACAACUAGUUGUCUAUUGCAACAAUCUGUAACAAUUAACAACUAGUUGUCUAUUGCAUCAAUCUGUAACAAUUAACAACUAGUUGUCUAUUGCAACAAUCUGUAACAAUUAACAACUAGUUGUCUAUUGCAACAAUCUGUAACAAUUAACAACUAGUUGUCUAUUGCAACAAUCUGUAACAAUUAACAACUAGUUGUCUAUUGCAACAAUCUGUAACAAUUAACAACUAGUUGUCUAUUGCAACAAUCUGUAACAAUUAACAACUAGUUGUCUAUUGCAACAAUCUGUAACAAUUAACAACUAGUUGUCUAUUGCAACAAUCUGUAACAAUUAACAACUAGUUGUCUAUUGCAACAAUCUGUAACAAUUAACAACUAGUUGUCUAUUGCAACAAUCUGUAACAAUUAACAACUAGUUGUCUAUUGCAACAAUCUGUAACAAUUAACAACUAGUUGUCUAUUGCAACAAUCUUCUUUUUUCUUAUAUUUGAGAGUCCCACGAUCGAUUUGUUAAUCAUUCUGGCUGCCUUCUCUUAGAUGGGUUGCCGUCCAGGGCUAACGAGUCCCAUCCACCCGGGGUGCUUGAGAUGUUGGCUUUGAUGGGGAUUGAUCUCCAGACCACCUGCUAUUUGGUUUGAUGCAGUUUAGACCACUCGGCCACCCAGAACCUCUAAAAAUCGCUCAUGUUAAUUAUGUGAGAUUGUUGCAAUAAACAACUAGUUGUUUAUUGCAACAUUCUCUCAUAAUAAGCAACUAGUUGUUUAUUGCAACACUCUCCCACAAUGAGCAACUAACUGUUCAUUGCGAGUUUCUCCCUGUUGUUGUGAGUAUCUUGUACAAAUUAGGCCGGGAGGUCGUUUCCUUUUAUCUUGACCACUCAAAGAUGGUUGGCCUCGUGAUCUUUACUUGAUAUGAAGAAAAAAUUUGAACUCGGGAGAGUACAUUUUGCGAUACGAGUUGAAAGGUCAUCAGGUCAUCUAAAGUUAUGGUCAUAGUUAUCGACAAAGCCCAAGACAAAUUUAGAGAUAGCACUAGAAUGAUAAGAUCUCUACAUUAUCAACUCUAUCUACUUACUUGUGAUUUAGAAGGAGGACCUCACAGUUGACCUUUUUUAUGUGUAGAUCUAAGGAGAAGGUAAUGGUCAUAAGAAUUGACGUGGUCACUGGCUCAUCUGUGCAUUUGAAAUUCCCGAUGUUAAAACAUUGGUGUUCAAGUAUUGAUGUUAAAACACAGAUGUUAAAAUAUUGUUGUUAAAACAUUGAUGCUAAGAUAUUGAGGUUAAGACAUUGAUGUGAAAAUACUGAUAUUAAAAUGUUGAUGUUGAAAUAUUGAUGUUGAAAUAUUGAUUUUAAAAUAUAGAUAAUCUGGUUCUUAUCAUAACCCCCCCCCCCAACUCCCCUUUAAAAUGGCCUUAGCCCGUUAGUUUAAAAGUAAACCAUACACAAUUAAACAGGUGAACUCUCUAUACUAUUCACUGCCCCAUUUACGUAGACGGGAAAGAGUGCAAGCCACGUGAGAGAUGAUCGUAGUACACAACUAUUUUACCCAUUUGCCUGGUUUGAUCCCCAGUUGAAAUUUUCUCACAGGCUACCAGAAAACAUGGAAUGAAUUAUAAAUGACAAAAAAGAUUUAAUGAGAAACAAGAUGACCUGUUUUUUAGAGAGUAAGUUGACAUGUUAACAGUGACCUUGGACUGAUUCUCAAUAAUUUUAAUACAUACAGCUAGGCGCAAAUGUUCUGUCAGGUAUUCAUUAAUGAACCAUAGUAUAAAGUUGUUCAUCAGUGGCUGAUUUACUCAGACCAAACUGAUCUACAUAAUGUGUGCAGCUGGUGGCGAUAUGCGACUGUGCCACUUGUUUAGUCCUGACACAUCAAGAGCUUUUUAUCCCGAUCAACAUUUUACAACAGUGUUUAAUAUUCUUAUGUAUUGAUACACAAUGUAACCGCCAAGUAUAACCAGGGGCGUCUACAAAGGGUGCUGGAGGGAUAGCCGCCCAUAAAUGUCAAGCUAGAGAAAAACAUGUAUCCGUAUUUCAUUUCAAAUAAAUUAGAUUUUGAAAAGAGGUUCAGAGGUUCAGAGGUUCAGAGUCGUUGAUUUUAUUCAUUCUUUACACAAAGUUUGUAUUCCAGUGGCGUAGCUAGUGUUACUAUCGCCUGGGGCGGGCCAAGAUUUUGAAUAGAGGUUCAGAGUCGUUGAUUUUAUUCAUUCUUUAUACAAAGUUUGUAUUCCAUUGGCGUAGCUAGUGUUACUAUUUUGACUAUUUUGCCAAGAUUUUGACCCCACCCUCAACGAAAAUGCCGCCCCUGAGUACAAUAAAAAUAAGCCGGCCCCCCUCUUUUUUUCCCUACGCUAUUGUUAUAGUACCCAUUUUUAGUUAGAUCCGCUUCUGUAAGUAACUUAUCAUUGGUCUCAUGAACUUUAAUUGCAGCUUAGUCCCAAGAGAGCUGGCAUUCGAAAGACUCUUGUACCUUGAGCCGUGUCUGCCCCAUACAACACUCAAUGCGAGGAGACAUCCCAUCAGUGGAGAGGUUCGGGACUUUGUAGAAGUAAGAGAAUGUUACCGUAUUAAUUUUCGUCCGAGAUAGAUUCAACAAUCUAUGUAAAUAAAUAUGAAAGACCGUAAGGAACAUCCCUUCUUUUCCUUCCAGAACUUCCACUAAUGGCCUUCUAGCAAUUAAACAAAUUGUUUUGUAGCAUUGAAAAAAAAAAAAAAAUUUUAAAUUCUAAAUAUGAUAAAUUGAAAAUACAAAAAAAUGUGUAUCCCUUUUAUUACCUAAGUAAAAUAGAUUAGUUUCUCAACGUAGCUUUAGUUUUGGCAAAUAGACAGAACAAGUAAGAUGUCGUUUCGGCCAAAUGCCUUCGUCAGCAGACAAUACAAAACAUGAUAAACAGAUCAUUACUGCCGAAGAAGGCAUUUGGCCGAAAUUUUCAUUUAUUUAUGUCAGUUUUUUCCAAGCCUAAACAUAUCUUUUCGCACUAUUUACUUAAAACUGCCUGAACGCAGUCCCCAUAGAGUGUUUCAGUAGCCAAUAUAUAAUAAAUGCCACCAAAAAAAAAGGAGUUCUACUCUCAAUGUCGACGAUUACCAAUUCUUUAAGUAUGUGAGCGUAUGCAUUUACUGCAACAUGAACACAUUCAAUACAGUUCCAAUCGCGAAAAAGACAAACAAACAUGACAUAAUACAUUUAAUAAUAAGUCAUGUAAUACUUGAUUAGUAAGUAAAUGCACUCGGCAAUUUAACAGACUGUCUUCCCUGCUACCUAACACUUAAUAUUAUCAUUAUUGCCCUUAAGAGCUCAUAAAAUAUUGCUGUCCAGAAUGGUUUCCUAGGUACUAAAUUUGUUUUAAUCUUCAUUUCACCAGCAGGAGUUAGUUUUAAACUCUGGUGGUCCUCAACACUCUGGCGAUCCUCAUCACUCUGGUGCUCCUCAACAGACACGAACCUCAUCAGUCAUUGUGCCAGGUAAGCGCUCUUGGAAUUAUGUAGACAGUAAAAAAAAGUAUUAAAAAUAUACAUAUAAAUUUCCAUAGAGUCUCUGGAGUCAUCUUUUGCACAUCCAACUAAAGUAAAUACGUGAAAAAUGUUUCUUUCACUAGGUUCCGAGUAUCUAUUCAUACCUCCAGGGUUUGACCACGGUUUACAAAUAGUUGAUGUCCCGGAUGGUUUGGAAAUAGAUGUACAGCCAGAUGUUCCAGAUCUCUCAAAUAUUUCAAGAAAUUUAAGGCAUUUCACAACACAACGGGAGAGUUGUCCCCCAUCUCAGAGUGGAAAUCAGGUAACUAGAGUAAGUUCUUAUAAAUGUCUCAAGUUGCUAUCGAAUUCUUAAGUUGUUAUUGUUGCCCUAAGGUGUUAUUGUUGUCCUAAGUUGUCAUUGUUGUCCUCAGUUGUCAUUGUUGUCCUAAGUUGUUAUUAAAUUGUUAUUGAUGUAAUUGGUUGUUAUUUAUGUCCUAAUUUGUUUAAGAUGUCGUACGUCGUCACAUAUUAGGAAACAGCUAAUAAGCCCAACAUGUAUGAGCCGUCAUCAAAAAAGUCAUUCACUAUUACAUGGCAAAUAAAACUAUAUGUAUUAUAUGGUAAAGAAAAGAUUGUACAUUGUAAUGUAAAUUAAACAUUUUUUUUAUUAUAAUAUAAAUAAAACAUUGUGUUUUUUUAACGUAAAUAAACCCUUCAGAUCUUGUCAACCCAUGUCCAAAUGUUGACCGGAGAAACUGACCUGGACGAGCUGCUUCAGGUAAACAUUUCUUUUCCUUAUAAAGCAACAUUAUUAAAAAAAAUUUUUUUUGUUGAUAUCACAGCCAAUUAUUAAAUCCGUGAAUAGUCGUCUGCUACCUUCAGACCUAGUUGGCUUGAUCUCCUCUCCCAUAUUGGUUGUCUCCCGUGGAAGACUAGCUAAUUUUUCCCUUAGUGCUCUUAGCAUAACAUGGUCUUAUUUUACUGACCUAACAUCUUUUGAAAGAGUGUGUUCUUUCUUUUGAGAAGAAAGUAAUAACACUCAAAAGAAAUUUCAAACAAACAGAAUUCAUUUAGUCCAAGAUUUACAUGGAUCAUGAUUCUUACUAAAAAUUAAAAAAAAAAACCAACAUGUUCUCAGUUAUGUUACCUAAGACGUUGUUAUCUUUUGAAAAAGCAAUCAUUAAAUCCAUAAGAAAAUUAAGGAAAUGGACGGAAAACUUGGCGUAUGCUUGUUUAUGAAAAUGAAGUGGAGCAAAUUAAGGAAGGAUUUUAACAUUGGAAUCAUAACAACAGGACGACCGUUUGGAACAAGCAGAUGACCCCGCACCCGAUCCUACACUGACCACCGAUGAACAGAGGACCCGUGAUGAGACGGCAGACACGACCCAUAGGUCAGGGGGAAGACCAGUAGAGCGACUGCCAUCACGACCUGAACAAUGGGCUUUUUCGGUGGAUGUCAGUGAGUCGGUGCAUGAGUUUCAUGACAGAAUCCCAGACAUGGCUUUUAAGGUAGAUAUCAUAGAGAUAAUGAUAACAACGAGUUACUGUCCUUGCUCUCUUUCUUGCUUUGAUAGAGCUAAACUACGUCCCACAGAUAUGUUCAAAUGGGAGAUAAUAAAAAAAAAAUCUGUUACAAAAAGUAAUCUUAGCUUAAUUUUGAUAAUACUCAUCUUUUAAAAUUCUUUCUUUAAAAUUUUUAAAAAUUUAUUUUCACUUCUGUUCAUUUAGCCUCUUCUUUAAACACAAUUCAGCUUUCGUCAUUGCUGAUUCUCUUGUCUGUUUAAUUUGCAUGUCACCUUAAUCUUCAUCUUUGAAAAUGUAUUCCUCUGAACUGUUUAAAUAUCAUUUUAUUCUAUUAAUGCGUUCAUUAAAGAAAUACAUAAUUCCUGCUCCAUUUAUCGGUAAGCUAAUUCUAGCUUUUGUCAUGUGACAUUCUUUGCCAACUUCCAGUGGCCAUUUGAGCUGGACACGUUCCAGAAGCAAGCCAUCCUCAGGCUAGAGAGCAACGAGAGUGUCUUUGUGGCCGCACACACGUCUGCUGGGAAGACAGUCAUCGCAGAGUACGCCAUCGCCCUGUCUAUGCGUCACAUGACAAGGUACGUCAGACUUUAUCACUAUUGGACAGGAGAGUAACGGUUCUAUAUUUGAUACCGACGUAGUAUUUUGACUUCAUUAUCAGACCAACUUUUCGGUGUAGCGAGAGCCGGCUCAAGUUACUGGCAACUCGGGCAGUCGCCCCGGGGCGCAUGUGCUUAGGGCGCCCUCAACGAUGUUACAAAAAUAGGAAAAAGAAUUGCAUGUGGUCGCCAUGGAAUGAAAAUAAAUUCUAUGUGCUAAUAUGUCUAGAUGCCCUACUACAUAAAUGGUAUGUUGGUGCACAGGAAGUAGCAGCAAAAUAUGUUAUAACAAAACAUUUAAGCUAUUUUUUAAAGGAUAUGUCAUAAUCAAACUUUACCAUAGCGCUCAUGUUGCUCCAGGAGAUGGUAACAUAUUGUUAUAUUUUCUUUUGUUAAAAUCAGCCGUCAGUCGACUGCCUAUGACGCAAGUCUUUCCCAUUGGUUUACAUGUUACUGAUCGGAGUUAUUGUCAUAUAAAAAAUGGUAGCUAAUUACUACAUCAUCAGGAAACUGACUCUCACUUUGGGAACAAAAAUUUCAGACAGCUAAAAAUAAAUUAAUAGACGCUGGCACAUCUUUGGCCCAUUCAUAAAACAUACCCAUAAAAUAUCAUCUUAGUGAAACAGGCUAAACGACAAGUCAUUAUACGUUCAAUAGUGAAACAGGCUAAACGACAAGUCAUUAUACGUUCCAAUUGUGUUUGGUGAGAUAUUUUAAUGAUUUUUAUUUGAACAGGACGAUGUACACAUCACCCGUGAAGGCCUUGUCCAACCAGAAGUACAGAGAGUUGAAGAUGACAUUUGAUGACGUUGGUUUGAUGACAGGUGACAUUCAGAUCAACGAGACGGCGUCUUGUCUCAUAGUGACCACGGAAAUUCUCAGGUGAGUGGCGGUCACUAGAGUCCUACUCAAUCUCAUGUCCGAAGUUGGAAAUCAUUUGUUAUAGGAUUAUACACAAUCUCAAGUCCGAUUUAGUAAGUGGGAAAUUAUUUCCUAACGGCUGGCACUGUCAUCUAGUGACUAUUGUUCAAGUACUCGCUAUUGGUCAACUACUGAGUUAUUUAGUUACUGACCAUUCGUCAACCACUGACUUUUCUUCAGAUACUGACGAUUAUAAGAUAUUUUCAAAAGCAUAUCAAAUAAUGUUAUUAUACAAAUAAAGGAAUGAAUGUGACCAUUUUGUACCUGUCUACAUUUGGUAAUAAAAUCAUUAACUUUUAAAAACGUGUAGGUAUUGGAAGUAAAAAGUAACAUCACAACAAAUGUAACAUCACAAUAAAUGUAACAUCACAACAAAUGUAACAUCACAAUAAAUGUAACAUCACAAUAAAUGUAACAUCACAGUAAAUGUAACAUCACAACAAAUGUAACAUCACAAUAAAUGUAACAUCACAAUAAAUGUAACAUCACAACAAAUGUAACAUCACAACAAUUGUAACAUCACAACAAAUAUAACAUCACAAUAAAUGUAACAUCACAAUAAAUGUAACAUCACAAUAAAUGUAACAUCACAAUAAAUGUAACAUCACACCAAAUGCAACAUCACAAUAAAUGUAACAUCACAAUAAAUGUAACAUCACAAUAAAUGUAACAUCACAAUAAAUGUAACAUCACAACAAAUGCAACAUCACAAUAAAUGUAACAUCACAAUAAAUGACAAAUAAAUUAUAAAGAACAUUGUCUAGAGAAAUUGAAAAAUAACAAUUUCAAAAUAAAAGUUAUUUGUUUUAACCUAAAUGCGUUAUAUUAUUAUGUUAUGUCAUUAUGUUAUAGUUUACAUGCUGAUACACCUAUUGCAAAAUAUUGAGUUUAGCCUGACCUAACAAUAGUGUCGUAUUCGUGUCUCGCUAGGACCAUGCUGUAUGAAGGUUCUGACAUGAUCCGUGAGCUGGAGUGGGUCAUCAUAGACGAGGUACACUACAUCAAUGACACUGACAGGGGCGUAGUCUGGGAGGAAGUGCUCAUCAUGCUCCCCGACAGUGUCAAGAUCGUGAUGCUGAGUGCCACAGUGCCCAAUACGAUGGAGUUGGCGGAGUGGGUGGGGUAAGGCGAAGUGGGUGGGUAAGGAGGAGUGGGUGGGGUAAGGAGGAGUGGGUGGGGUAAGGAGGAGUGGGUGGGGUAAGGAGGAGUGAGUGAGGUAAGGAGGAGAUGGUGGGGUAAGAAGGAGUGGGUGGGGUAAGGUGGAAUGGGUGAUGUUAGGUGGAGUUGGUGGGGUAAGGUGGAGUGGGUGGGGUAAGGAGGAGUGGGUGGGGUAAGGUGGACUGGGUGAUGUUAGAUGAGGGGGGGGGGGGGGGGGGGGGGGUGGGGCGGGGGGAGGGGGGGAGGGAGGAGGGGGUGGGGGGGGGGGGAGGGGGUGGGGUGAGGGGGGGUGGGUGGUGUUAGGUGGAGUUGGUGGGGUAAGGUGGAGUGGGUGGGGUAAGGAGGAGUGGGUGGGGUAAGGUGGACUGGGUGAUGUUAGAUGGAGUUGGUGGGGUAAGGUGGAAUGGGUGGGGUAAGGAGGAGUGGGUGGGGUAAAGUGGACUGGGUGAUGUUAGGUGGAGUUUGUAGGGUAAGGUGAAGUGGGUGGGGUAAGGAGGAGUGGGUGAUGUUAGGUGAAGUGGGUUGGAUAAGGUGGAGUGAGUGGGUGAGGUGGCGAGAGUAGAGUUACGUUUAGUGAGAGCAUUUAGGGUUAGUGGUUGGAGUUAGGCUGAGUGGGUGGGGUUAAGUUAAGUAGGUCGAAUUAGGUUAAGUGGGUGGAGUUAAGCUGAAUGGGUGGGGUUAGGUUGAGAUUGGGGGGGGGGGUUAGGUUAAGUAGGUCGAAUUAGGUUGAGUGGGUGGCGUUAAGCUGAGUGGAUGGGGUUAUGUUAAGUAGGUCAAAGUAGUUGAGUGGGUGGAGUUAGGCUGAGUGGGUGGAGUUAGGUUGAGUGGGUGGGGUUAUGUUAAGUAGGUCGAAGUAGUUUAAGUGGGUGGCGUAAACUGUUAUUAUUUUGUUCUAAAAAGACAGCUUCAUUUCAAUGAAGUGAUUGCACUGAUUAAAUCAUUUCUGGCUGGCAUGGAUUCAGAAGGUUUGAUUUCAGAAUUUCAAAAUGUUUUUGUCCGAGCAUACGCUUAUAUAUUCAAGUUGUAAGUUGUGAUUCCAGAUAUGGGCUAUUUCAAGUAAUAAAUUUGACAAUAUAUAAGAAUGAGCUACAGUGACAUAACACCAAAGUUGCUAUAUGAUUUAAGUACGUUCGGAUUCCUAAAGACAAUCAUAGUUAUUUUCUAUUAUUUUACGGAAAUCGAAUAAAUUCAAAUGCGCAAAAAUAUUUUAAAUCCGCUUUUAUUUUUAUUAAAAUGUAAAGUAUUAUUAUUAUAAAUUACCAAUUCAUUUAAAGUAUCAACUAAGGAACUAUUUUAUGCAUUUUAUAUGUGUUUGAAAAUUAUGAAAACAUUUUUAAAAAAUCAAGAUCAAAGAAUUACACCGUAAUCACAUUUAUCCGGAAAACCAAAACAUCAGUCGUUUUUAGUGCGUCUUUUUGUGCGUUCUUAAUAUGGCGAAAUAAAAUUAAAAUUAAUUUGUUCUCAAUAAUCAUGCAAAUGACGUCAUAGCGCGAAUAGCCUAUCUCACCAAAACUCUAAGGAUUCUUUAAUUUUAAUAACCGAUCGUGACGAAACUGAUAAUGUAUUUCCCCUUCUUAAAAGUAAAUCAAUAAAUACAAUUGAUUGCUUUUUAAAUUGUUAAUAAAAAACACACCUAUUUUUGCUUUGUAUAUUUUUACAUUUAAAAAGUUUUGCCUUUUUUGAUUCCAAAAAUAUACUUUUAUUAAAUUUAUAAGGCAAUAAAACCUAACCUUUAAAUAUAAUUCUAAUAAUAAUAAUUAGCGGUCUUACAUAGCGCGGUACCCCAGGCUAGGGCUGGACUCACCGCGCUGUACAUACAAAUAUUAUCAAAAGAGACAUAAUCAUGCCUGUAACCAAAACAACCCAAGCAAAUGUAUAUUCACCCACCCCACCCCAGAACUUUUACAAGCCAAACCAUGGACGGCAGCCAGCAGGAUCGUUUAUCGGUCAGAGGAGGGGAAUCAGUCAGGGUAGUAUAGUUUAAAAAGAUGUGUUUUGAGUGCAGUUUUGAAGGCCUGGGUGGUUGGUAUAUUGCGUAUGUUUAGUGGCAAAGAAUUCCAUUGUUUGGGGGCGCAGAAAGAGAAAGAUCGUUCACCAUAUGUUUUAGUGUGCGUCUUGGGAACGGACAGAAUACGCGUGUCUGCGGGGGAGCGAAGCUGUCGAAGGGGUGAAUAGACAGAAAGAAGCUCGGUUAGAUAGGAAGGGCAGGAAUUCGAAAAAAAAGUUGAGACAGAGAACAGACAACUUGUAGUCAAUGCGGUUUUAGUAUAUCUAUGCAGCGAAACUCCAUAGCUAAGUAGCAUUCACUAAUCCACGUAUACCUCAUACAAAAAAAGAACGAACCAUAUGAAUUGCAAAAUAUUUUAGUUUGUUUAUGGAAGGGACUACAAUCCGGUGGAAGAUUUUCUAAAUUUAUUUAAAUCUGGGUGGGGGAGGGGUUGGUCACUUUGCCCCAUGCAGCACAAGAUACGUCUCAAAAUAAAGGAAUGAAUUUGAUCAAUAAUUAACCUUCUUGGGUACAUUCAUAUUGGAGGUAGGAAAUAGGAUGUGUACAUUUUUAUGUGGAUGACAAUAUAUUUAAAUCCUAUGGUAUUACAUUUGUGACAAAAGAGAUGUUAAAUUCACCUUUUACAAAUAAACAUAUGUUUACCAAUGAAGAAAAUCACUGGCGUUAACAAAUCUUUGGUAUAUUUAUAUAAGUAUAUUCAUGAAUAUCAAAAUCCAAUCAUUUUACACACUUGAAAAUUAAAUUUUGACAAAUGCAGAUUAGUUAAUAUUUUCUUUUUAAAAAAAACACGAAAAUAUAUAUUUUUUGUUACUUUGAAAAAAGUAAAGAAGUUUGUACUUUUAUGAGAUGAAUUUUUUUUAAAAAGACAGUCAAAUCUGAUAUAGGCGGGAAAAAUAGUUGCGAGAUUCUUCUUAGAUAAAAUAAUUCUUUGUUUUACGAUUCUCUGAUAUUGUAUAAUUUAAAAAAAGGGAAAAUGUGUUUAAUUUUUUUUAUGAAGAUAACAAUAUAUAUCGUAUUGCUUUAAUACAAAAUAUAUUUAUAUCAUGUAUAGAGUUUUGUUGUAAAUUUAAGAUAAGUUUUUUAAAAAUUUUGAGACAAAAAAGUUCUAAUUCAAGGGCACAAAAAGGGGUAAAUCUAAAGUAGUUCUCUAGCGUAGUUAUGGUCCCUCAAUUAACUUCUUUAGUGACAAAAGUGAUAUAAUUAGUGAUAAUUUAGACUGAGUAAUUUAAGGUCACGUUUAGAGGGGGGAAAGUAGUUUAGGAGCGUGAAAGGGUGUAGGGUACGCGUAUCAUGUAUAACAGAUAAACACUUCUCAAAAAGUAAUGAUGUUAGAAACGUAAAUAUCAUUACAUUUUUAAAGUUAUGAAUUGGGAUGAGUUUUUGCAAUAGCAGUUAGAAAUUAUCGCAAAGGAUUGAACAUUAUUACCCUGAUAACAUCGGGUCAUUUAUUCAAGUCCUUAAAAGAAUAUAAUAGAAGAUGACAUCAACAUUUUGCAUCAAAUUCUAAAUAUUUGAACUAGCUUCUGGUGUGUCCUGCUUCCUCUUUAAACCACCCCCCCCCAACCACAACUCCACCUGUUUUAUAUUAAAGUAAUCGGUGAAAAAAGGCUUUCCGCAGCCAGCUACAUGCGUUGGAACUCCGGUAAAUAGUUUUUUUGUUUUUUAAUUUAAGGGGAGGCGACUAUUUUUCGAUGUUGUUAUACUUUGUCCCACUGAACUUCAUGCGUAGCCUCAAAAGUCUGGUGAAAUGGUCUUUUAUAUUUCUUUAGAAAACGAUUUUUUUAAUGUCACUUUUUUUCCCCAUCUUUGUUCUGGGACUGCACAUCACACAGACGGCCACCUUUUAACUUUUGGCAUGUAUAGUCCGUCCUGGUACAGGAAGGUAUUGCUGUUUUCGUUAUACUGCGACUGUUGUUUCCUAAAUCUUUGUAAUAAAAUGAACGUCAGUGUCUUCUCUGUCGACGGGGUUUCGUACAGCGUCAUCUCUGUCCCGGGAUCCGGCCACUGACCUGUUCCGAUCAUUGGGUUAUUUCUUGACAAAAACAGUUGACAAAGGCAAUGCACUCUCACUACGAAACAUGACAGUAGAUUUCGUUGCGUAAUGUAGAAAAUGAGAUGUUAAUUUUUGUUGUUUGAUUCUUGGACCCACAGGGUAUUAAAAAAAAAAAAACCAGACCCGGAGUAAAAUGUCUGCGACUAGUUAAGCUCUAGUAGGAAUGAUUCCAACACCAAUUGUUGACAAAUGACAUUUUGUAAUGACAAAAAUCUCAACCAAUCUCCUUUCUUAAUCCAUGUGAACAGGCGGAUCAAAAGGAAACAGGUUUUUGUGAUAACUACUCCAGAACGACCUGUGCCACUUCAGCACUUCCUGUACACAGGUGUCACAACAGCCAGAGUGCCCAACGGGCUGUUUUUGUUUAUAGACGAGGAGAGCAGGUUUAUUGAACAAGGGUGAGUCACUUAAAGGUCACUAUAUAUCAGAAAAGGCAAAAGUUCCGAUAAGCUGACAUUUAAGACGUGACAAAUUUAUCAUUUAAAACCAAAUGCCAAGAUUCUAUAUUUAGACAAGUGCACCGCUGUUAAAACCUUCCCCCCCCCCCUCUUCUAAUAAUGAACUUACAGACCCAGUGUACUAGGUUUGCUUGUCUGCAAUUAGAACCAUACAAUUGUAGUAUUAUCUGAUCACUCUGACACAAAUUUACCAUCUCCUAUCCGUUAUCAGAAUUUCACAAAUGCACUUUUUUCUGGUUACUCUUACGCAAACUUCUUGUUCCCGUUCUGUUAUUAGAAUCAUACAAUUGUGCAAUUAUCUGGUCUCUGCUACGCAACCUUCUCGUUUCCUUUCUGUUUUAAGAUACGACAAGGCCAGAGAUACAUUGAAAGGGAAAGAUGCUGUCAGCUACAAAACACAGGUACCCAAAUGUUCUAUUAUUUUACUCUAUACAUUCAUCUAAAAUCUAAACAAUUUUAAGAAAGAUGGAUGCCAACAUUAAAAAAAAAAAAUUGAAAUUCUUCAAAAGAUCACAAUUUUAUUGAUGAACGAUUGGAAAAGUCGCAAUCAAAAGUUGGACAUUCAAAGCUCAAAUCUGGUGCAUGAAACAACUCAGCCAUUUCAAGCCUGUUCAGGAGAGCGGUCUUUCGUAAAAGUCCUCAAAAUCCAAGGUUUUGUCAAACUUUAUCGGGGAUUUAUAAUGGAGUAUUGUGUUGGGAAUUAAAUAGGGUAUGUUAUAUUGUAUUUUAAAGGGUAUUGUAUAACUCAAAAUGCAAGGUGGACCAAAAACUUGUGCGGGCCAAAAUAAAAUAGGACAAGAAGGUAAGCUAUUAAGAAAAUAAUAAAAAUAAAGAAUAUUUCGCUACCUUGCGGGCCGUAUGUUGUACAGGCCUGGUAUAGGGUAUUGGCUAUGAUGUUGCAAUUAAAGUUGUUUGUUUAUUGUUAAUUUAAGUCACUAUUGGACUAAACACUUUUACAACAUUUAAUAAAUCUCAAAACAGGACAGAAAAAUAUGGAAGUCUGUCAUCGAUAUGAUGCAGAAAGAAAACAGGCUUCCAGCGGUGGCCUUCAUCUUUUCCAAGAAAAAAAUUGACGUCAUCUGUAAAUACGGCAAAGAUCUUUGUCUGACGUCACAUUCCGAACAACACCAAAUACAGAUGUUUGUUGACAAGUGUGUGGCUAAGUUGCAUGCCAAGGAUCGGGAACUCCCGCAGGUAACACAACUCAUCCUUCAUGAAAGUUUGGAAUAAAAUGGCUCAGAGACUGACGAGCUCAAGAGAUAAAAAAUAAAAAUCUACAUUAAGCAUACCUUUCCGUGCCUACUGUCUAGUCUCUACUCAUGUUAUGAGACUCCCUUUCUGAGAUUACUGUUUAGUCUCUACUCCUGUCAUGAGACUCCCUGUCUGUGCUUACUGUCUAGUCUCUACUCUUGUCAUGCGACUCCAUUGCUGUGCUUACUGUCUUGUCAAUACUCCUGUCAUGCGGCUCCAUUUCUGUGCUUACUGUCUAGUCAAUACUCCUGUCAUGCGGCUCCAUUUCUGUGCUUACUGUCUAGUCAAUACUCCUGUCAUGCGGCUCCAUUUCUGUGCUUACUGCCUAGUCUCUACUCCUGUCAUGAGACUUCCUUUCUGUACUUACUGUCUAGUCAUUACUCCUGUUAUGAGACUCCCUUUUUUGUGGGUAAUGUCUAGUCUCUUCUUUUGUCACGAGCAACACUUUCUGUGCUUAACUCUCGUCUCUACUCUUGUUAAUAGACUGCCUUUCAAUGUCUACUAUCUAUUCUCUUCUCUAGUCUCCAUACCAAUCUUUUUUUAACAUCGAAAGUAAAACAAGGGCUAUCGCCUUCAAAGAAAAUCCUCUGGAUAUUUCAAUUAUCUGUCACUAGAUACCUUGUAAAAUUUAUUCGUAUUGUUCACUGUUAUUAAUGUGUAUAUAUAUUUAUACAUAUUAUAAAUUUCUGUCCAGGUCCACAAGCUCACAGGUCUAUUACACCGAGGCUUUGGCGUGCACCAUUCUGGCAUACUGCCCAUCUUUAAAGAGAUGAUAGAGAUACUGUUUCAGAGAGGCUUGAUCAAGGUGCGUGGCUAGUUGAUGUAGCCCUAGUUGAUGUAUCACUAGUGAAUGUAGCACUAUUGCAUGUAGCACUAAGGAAUGUAGCACUAGCGGGUGUAGCUCUAGUCGGUGUAGCACUAGCAGAUGUAUCACUUGAGGAUGUAGCACUAGUGGAUGUAGCCCUAGUGGGUGUAGCACUAGCAGAUGUAGCACUUGAGGAGGUAGCACUAGCGGAUGUAGCCCUAGUGGAUGUAGCACUAGCAGAUGUAUUACUUGAGGAUGUAGCCGUAGUGGAUGUAACACUAGGCGAUGUAGCACUAGUAAAUGUAGCACUAGCGGAUGUAGCCCUAGUGGAUGUAGCACUAGCAGAUGUAGCAGUUGAGGAUGUAGCACUAGUUUAUGUAGGGGUGUCUCACGUUAACUAACUUGAGUUGAACUGAUGUUCAAAUGAUGUUCUAAUGAUGUGCCAAUGAUGUUCCAAUGAUGUUCCAAUGAUGACAAUGGAUUGCUUGUACCUUGUAUGCCGUGUAGGUUCUGUUGGCCACCGAGACGUUUGCUAUGGGCGUCAAUAUGCCGGCCAAGACGGUGGUCUUUGACAGUGUCAUCAAGCACGACGGGAAGGCAUUCCGUCCGGUCCAUCCAGGGGAGUACACUCAGAUGGCGGGGCGGGCCGGGCGCCGGGGGCAUGACACCACGGGCACCGUCAUAGUGCUGUGCAACGGCGAGGUGCCCGACGUUGGGCAACUGCACAGGAUGGCCCUGGUAAAUAUUAAAUCCGAUCAUUAAUAUAUUUUAUAAUGUAACUGACCUGAUGGCAUGACUUAAACCAUGAUAAGAGACAUGCAAAGAUGGAAAAAAACUUUUAUGUUACCAAAGAAAAAAAUUUUGUCCACCUGUAUGAACAUCAUAACAAUUUAAAAAAAAACAUCUUUAAAAUUCUAUGCGCCGAGCAGUUACGUCUUACAGAACAUAUCAACAUUAUAAUUUAGCUCCUUUUUGUUACGCCAUUCAUCAUCCAUCAACGCUAUCCUUUAACCCUUAUUUCUUACGUCACUUAUCAUCUAACAACAUUAUAAUUGAGCCCCUAGCUGUUACUUUAUCUAUAAACAAAUAUGUAGCACCUAGCUGUGGCGAUAUUUAGUUUUAAUAUCGAUCAUCACAUAAAAAAGCAGGUCUCUGCCACUACAUACAUGUAUGCCCAGAGUGAAACUCAGCUGGGUGUAUACAGCCAUUGACAAUAACGGCAGGCCAUAUCCGUAUGGCAAAAAAGAAAAAAAAAAAGGGGGACAGGGGUGCCAUUUCUGUUUUAAAAACAUCGUUAUAUUUUAAAAUUACGAUGACUUGUUUCGAAAAUGUGUAUUUAGCAAACCACGACUCAGUUUUUUGUUUUUUAAACCACCCGACCACAGCCACAAUGACACCUUUUAUUUCCUUGUAACAACAACACAUCACUGGCAUUGCCACUCAAGUGUCAUUCUUGCCUUAAAAGAAAGGGUUUAUUUGCAGUGAAAAUAUUGAAGAGUGAUCUUUAGGUUUAGAUCCUCCCAAUUCUUUACUAGGGUAAGCCAACGCCCCUGGAAUCCAGGUUCCGGCUGACGUACUCCAUGAUACUCCAACUGAUGAGGGUAGAACAGCUGAAAGUCCACGACAUGAUGAAGAGAAGUUUCUCAGAGUUCCACACCAAGAAGACAGUGGCCAAGAGUCUUGAGCACGUCAAGACGCAGCUGGAGGACGUCAGAGAGAUCCACUGCUUCCUGUGUAACAUUGACCUGGCUCAGUACCACUCCGACUGUGUGGAGUAUUACAGAUUGCAAGAAUACAUGCAGGUCAUUCGACUGUUUGCAUAAUAGUUAUUUAGUUCAUGUGCGUAUAAAUUGGUGCUCUUGUAAUUUAACCAUUGACGCCUUCGAAUCAACACGCCUUAUUCAGCAGGGGCGUAGCAAGGGUUAGUGCCACCCGGGGGUGGGGUGGGGGGAGGACAAUAUUGUUCUCACCCCUUCCACGAAAAUAACCUACGCUUUAAUCCAAAAAUGUUGCCCCUCCUUCUGCCCCUCCAUAUAAAGAAAAAGUUCAGACGCCAAUGCUUUUCAGCAUCGUAACUUUAGACCAAACAAUGAAAUAAAAAUGAGCAAUAACCAAUAUGUUGUGAUAAGCAAAAUAUAUAGAGACAACUUUUUUUUGCUCCCAAAGAAAAAAAGAAAUAAUUUAUUUUAAAACGUGUAGAUAAAGAUAACCUAAGUUAAAUAAGUUACGAUUCAACUAUAAUUCUUUAUGGUUUAUAAUCAACCCAAAAGAAAUCAACGUAUUCUUUAGUUAACUGGUUUAAGACCGGGGGGGGGGGAGUUCAGUUCUCAACAAGAUUUCAUCAUAACUUUCAUUUUGUUCUGUAUUUAUUGCACUUAUUUUGAUGUCAUGGUUGUAUUGACAGUCUGUGAUAUUGAGUCACCCAAGGGGUGUGCAAGACAUGCACUCUGGUCGCAUCCUCAUGGUCAGAAGACCACAGAAUCAAGUGUCCCUUGGGGUCCUCCUGGCAACAUAUGUGACAGACGAAAACGAGAAAAUGUUUAAAACUUUUGUCUUGACUGAUCGACUUCAACAGCCAGAUACGGGAGAAAUGGGUAAGUAAAAUGUACCGAUAUUUGAGCCAUGUCGUGAGGAAAAGUGCUCAGAUGUGUAGUGAUGUUUCAGCCAUCUCAAAUUUAAAAUUCAUUUCACAUACUAGUAUGUGUUUUUUUUUAAUUAUAAGGGUAACAUUCCCUCAAAUAUAUAUAUAUAUUUUAUGAAUGUUCCAGGUGUUCACCCGGUCGAGCAGAUCCACCUGUUAGGUCCAAAGAACCCGUGGUUCGAGGUGGUCAACCUUUCAACCAAAUAUGUUCUUGGAAUCUCACGUAUCGUGCACAAUGUUGACACACAGUUUUUGCUGGAAGGAUUGGAUGGGAAACUCAGAAAUAAAAAGUUCGUGAGACAGAUUAUCAUUGCAUGUUUGUAAAAGUGUUGUUGUGUUGAUGUGUCUCAUGAGGCAGAUUAUCAUUGCAUGUUUGUAAAAGUGUUGUUGUGUUGAUGUGUCUCAUGAGGCAGAUUAUCAUUGCAUGUUUGUAAAAGUGUUGUUGUGUUGAUGUGUCUCAUGAGGCAGAUUAUCAUUGGAUGUUUGUAAAAGUGUUGUUGUGUUGAUGUGUCUCAUGAGGCAGAUUAUCAUUGCAUGUUUGUCAAAGUGUUGUUGUGUUGAUGUGUCUCAUGAGGCAGAUUAUCAUUGCAUGUUUGUAAUAGUAUUGUUGUGUUGAUAUGUCUCAUGAGGCAGAUUAUCAUUGCAUGUUUGUAAAAGUAUUGUUGUGUUGAUAUGUCUCAUAAUAUUUCAUUCAAAUAGGUUUGCACAACUUUACCUACCCGAUGAGACUUUAAGAGAUAGUUUAUUGUCUGCCUCACCUCUGUUAGUUGAAUCUAUUAGAAUAUUAGUCGGGUAGUGUUGCAUCUUUUUGAUCAGUUCAUCCAGUUCAAAGACAAAAUCCCUUUCAAGACUGCUAUGUACUAUAGAUCCAAAAUAAUUUAAAGUACCUUAAAGAUAACAAUAUUCUCCAAAUCCAAAGACUGUAAAGUACCAUAAAGACAACAAUAUUCUCUAUAUCAAAAGAAUGUAAAAUACCUUAAAGUCAAGCAGGUGCUGUAGAUAAAAAAGAAUUUAAAGUACCUUCAAAAAACAAUGUACGGUAGAUGGCAAAUGAUAUAAAGUACAUUUCAAACAGGUACUUCCUAGACAGACUUUGCAUCAAUAAUUUUGUUUAAGUUUUCCGUGUGAGAUCUGAAGUAUGAACUCAUAAUUUAUAGAUCAUGAUAAUUUAUUAUUUAUCAUAUUAGUCUUUUCUAACUUUUUUUAACAUCUUUAAGAAUCCAUUUUUGCUACAUUCCCGUCAAGCUAGAAAAAUUGAAUUUGGCUAACAUCUUUAACAGUGACAUCUUGAACAAUGACAUCUUUAACAAUGAAAUCUUUAACAAUGACAUCUUGAGCAAUGACAUCUUUAACAAUGACAUCUUGAACUAUGGCAUCUUUAACAAUGACAUCUUUAACACUGACAUCUUUAACAAUGACAUCUUGAACCAUGAGAUCUUUAACAAUGACAUCUUUAACAAUGAAAUCUUUAACAAUGACAUCUUGAACAAUGCCAUCUUUACCAAUGACAUAUUGAACCAUGACAUCUUGAACAAUGACAUCUUGAACCAUGAUAUCUUGAACCAUGUCAUCUUGAACAAUGACAUCUUGAACAAUGACAUCUUUAACAUUGACAUCUUAACCAAUGACAACUUUACCAAUGACAUCUUUAACAAUCACAUCUUAAACAAUGAUAAUUUUAACAAUGACAUCUUGAACAAUGACAUCUUGAACAAUGACAUCUUUAACAAUGACAUCUUUAACAAUGACAUCUUUAACAAUGACAUCUUAACAAUGAUAUCUUAAAUAAUGACAUCUUAACAAUGAAUCUUGAAAAAAUGACUUCUUUAACAAUGACAUUUUUAACAAUAACAUCUUUAACAAUGACAUCUUGAACCAUGAGAUCUUUAACAAUGACAUCUUAACAAUGACAUCUUUACAAUGUCAUCUUUAAAAAUGAAAUCUUUAACAAUGACUUCUUUAACAAUGACAUUUUGAACCAUGACAUCUUUACCAAUGACAUCUUUAAAAAUGACAUCUUUAACAAUGACAUCUUUACCAAUGACAUUUCAAAACAUGACAUCUUGAACAAUGACAUCCUUAACAAUGACAUCUUUGCCAAUGACAUCUUUAACACCGACGGCCUUAUUUGGAUAGAUUUAACUUUGACAAUUGCUUUCCCUUGCCUCUGAACUCUAUCUUCCCUACAAAUGCUCUCAUCUCUAUCAACCCCCCUCAUUCCCAAACAUGUCAUCUCUCUCUUGCCUCCAAUACCUCCCCAUUCUCUCAUGCCUCACAUACCUCCCCAUUCUCUCAUGCCUCACAUACCUCCCCAUUAUCUCAUGCCUCACAAACCUCCCCAUUCUCUAAUGCCUCACAUACCUCCCCAUUCUCUCAUGCCUCCCAUCCCUCCCCAUUCUCUCAUGCCUCCCAUCCCUCCCCAUUCUCUCAUGCCUCCCAUCCCUCCCCAUUCUCUCAUGCCUUUCAUCCCUCCCCAUUCUCUCAUGCCUCCCAUCCCUCCCCAUUCUCUCAUGCCUCCCAUACCUCCCCAUUCUCUCAUGCCUUUCAUACCUCCCCAUUCUCUCAUGCCUCCCAUCCCUCCCCAUUCUCUCAUGCCUCCCAUCCCUCCCCAUUCUCUCAUGCCUCUCAUCCCUCCCCAUUCUCUCAUGCCUCCCAUCCCUCCCCAUUCUCUCAUGCCUCCCAUACCUCCCCAUUCUCUCAUGCCUUUCAUCCCUCCCCAUUCUCUCAUGCCUCCCAUCCCUCCCCAUUCUCUCAUGCCUUCCAUCCCUCCCAAUUCUCUCAUGCCCCACAUACCACCCCAUUCUCUCAUGCCUUCCAUCCCUCCCCAUUCUCUCAUGCCUCCCAUCCCUCCCCAUUCUCUCAUGCCUCCCAUCCCUCCCCAUUCUCUCAUGCCUCCCAUCCCUCCCCAUUCUCUCAUGCCUCCCAUCCCUCCCCAUUCUCUCAUGCCUCCCAUCCCUCCCCAUUCUCUCAUGCCUCCCAUCCCUCCCCAUUCUCUCAUGCCUCCCAUCCCUCCCCAUUCUCUCAUGCCUCCCAUCCCUCCCCAUUCUCUCAUGCCUCCCAUCCCUCCCCAUUCUCUCAUGCCUCCCAUCCCUCCCCAUUCUCUCAUGCCUCCCAUCCCUCCCCAUUCUCUCAUGCCUCCCAUCCCUCCCCAUUCUCUCAUGCCUUCCAUCCCUCCCCAUUCUCUCAUGCCUUCCAUCCCUCCCCAUUCUCUCAUGCCUUCCAUCCCUCCCCAUUCUCUCAUGCCUUCCAUCCCUCCCCAUUCUCUCAUGCCUUCCAUCCCUCCCCAUUCUCUCAUGCCUUCCAUCCCUCCCCAUUCUCUCAUGCCUUCCAUCCCUCCCCAUUCUCUCAUGCCUUCCAUCCCUCCCCAUUCUCUCAUGCCUUCCAUCCCUCCCCAUUCUCUCAUGCCUUCCAUCCCUCCCCAUUCUCUCAUGCCUUCCAUCCCUCCCCAUUCUCUCAUGCCUCCCAUCCCUCCGCAUUCUCUCAUGCCUUCCAUCCCUCCCCAUUCUCUCAUGCCUCCCAUCCCUCCCCAUUCUCUCAUGCCUCCACCCCUCCCCAUUCUCACAUGCCUUCCAUCCCUCCCCAUUAUCUCAUGCCUUCCAUCCCUUCCCAUUCUCUCAUGCCUUCCAUCCCUCCCCAUUCUCUAAUGCCUCACAUACCUCCCCAUUCUCUAAUGCCUCACAUACCACCCCAUUCUCCCAUGCCCCACAUACCACCCCAUUCUCUCAUGCCUUCCAUCCCUCCCCAUUCUCUCAUGCCUCACAUAUCUCCCCAUUCUCUCAUGCCUCAUAUACCUCCCCAUUCUCUAAUGCCAUACAUACCUCCCCAUUCUCUCAUGCCUCACAUACCUCCCAAACCUCUAAUGCCUCAUAUCACUUCCCAUUCUCUUAUGCCUUCCACACCUCCCCAUUCUCUCAUGCCUUCCACCCAUCCUCAUUCUCUCAUGCCUUCUACCCCUCCCCAUUCUCUCAUGCCUUCCAUCCCAUCCUCAUUCUCUCAUGCCUUCCACCCCUCCCCAUUCUCUCAUGCCUUCCACCCCUCCCCAUUCUCUCAUCCCUCCCCAUUCUCUCAUGCCUUCCAUCCCUACCUAUUCUCUCAUGCCUUCCACCCCUCUCCAUUCUCUCAUGCCUUCCAUCCCUCCCCAUUCUCGCAUGCCUUCCACCCCUCCCCAUUCUCUCAUGCCUUCCACCCCUCCCCCUUCUCUCAUGCCUUCCACCCCUCCCCAUUCUCUCAUGCCUUCCACCCAUCCCCAUUCUCUCAUGCCUCCCAUCUCUCCCCAUUCUCUCAUGCCUCCCAUCUCUCCCCAUUCUCUAAUGCCUCCCAUACCUCCCCAUUCUCUAAUGCCUCCCAUCUCUCCCCAUUCUCUAAUGCCUCCCAUCCCUCCCCAUUCUCUCAUGCCUUCCACCACUGUCAUGACCAACAAGUUACAGCGUUACGAUAAUUUUAUUGAUAAUUCGGCUUUGUGAUAGGAUCGGCGUAAACAAACAUGGGGUUUGCUAUACCAGGACUCCAACAGUUGGUCUGAGAAAAACUUUCAGCUCUUUCGAUAACACUUAACACAUUAAUACCUACACUAAUGUGGAAGAGUUGGAGUAGGGAUUCUAAACUGGGGAGAAGUCAGUCGUGGGUGACAGUGGUAAAUGGUGGGCACAUCAGUUGCAGCACAUGUUGAUUUUGGAUGUAUUGUUUUACAUAUCUAUUUAUUCAUUUAUAUUAUGUCAGAAAGCUAAGUGGUGUUGUCGUUGACCUUAUCAAAGACCUGCAUGCGCUCAGCCUGAAGCACCCCUCGGGGCUUAGUGGGUACGACCCCAGCAAAGAUCUGAACAUAUGCGACACAGAAGUGAUCGAGAAAUGGCGGGCCAUCAAAUUCCUCUUCGACAGCUUAACUCAAACGUAUGACUGCCGGCGAUGCCCUGACUUUCGAGAACACGUAUGUGAUACAUCUAUCCACAUUUCUUAACUUCCUGACCCUCGAGAACAAGCAUGUGAUGUCUACCCACAAUUCUUAACUUUCUGACUGUCUAGAACACGUAUGUGAUAUGUCUACCAGAUUUCUUAACUCCCCGACUCUCGAGAACCCGUUCGAGAUAAAUCUACCAACAUUUCUUAACUUUCGUGCUCUCAAGAACAAGUAUGUGAUGUCUACCCACAUUUCUUAACUUUCUGACUCCCAAGAACAAGUAUGUGACAUGCCUACUAACAUUUCUUAACGUCCUGACUCUCUAGAACAUGUAUGUAAUAUGUCUACCCACAUUUCGUAACUUCCUGACUCUCUAGAACACGUAGAACACAUUUCUCUUCUUUCUAUUAUUUAUGUAAUCCAUUUUGUUCUCUAUUGUUUGUGUUCAGUAUGUUUAAAUAAUCCACACCUCCCUGGUGUCAUUGUUUGUAUAAUUUUCUGUGUCCUGUAUAACAUUGGAACGUUUUAUUUGUAUAGUAGGUUUUUAAUUGUAUCAACUCUUUGUUCAUCUUUGACUAUUUGCUCCAAAACAUUUUAUAAAGACUAUUAAUCUUGGUCUAAAAAAUGUUUGGUUUGAUAGAAUAUAAAGUACAUUAGCCUUUGGUCUAUAACAUUUUCCUUAGCUGGAGAAGCAACAGACCUGAAACUCACCAUUCUACCCCCUCCACCCACUCCACCCAUUCCAUCCAGUCCACCAAAUCCACCCACUCCUCUGAAUCCACCCUUUCCACCCACCCCAUAGUGCCCAAGUUCAUUUGGAAAAUUUAACAAAACUAGUUUUUAUUUUUACUUCUUCAAAAUUACAUUUCAAUGUGAUCUCAAAGGAGGCCUUGACACAGCACUUUCGUCCCCAGGACGUCCGUUAUCCAGAUUCUCACAUUGCAUAAAGUUGCUUUUGAGAAAAUAAAGAGAAAGAGACAUAUGCGUCAAUUAUCGACAAUAAGCCACAUAAAUAAUUACUAAAUUAUGGUCAGGAUCAGAGACCUCUAUCCCUCCUGUGUAGACGCCCCUGGUCAAAAUUGUCUUGUCACCAGAACGUCUACAAACCACAUAUGCAGCUCUGAUACAACCUUCAUAUCAUUUAAGGAUGAAAUAGUUCUUCUACUGCUAUGCUGUUAGGAAGGAUGAAAUAGUUCUUCUACUGCUAUGCUGUUAGGAAGGAUAAAAUAGUUCUUCUACUGCUAUGCUGUUAGGAAGGAUGAAAUAGUUCUUCUACUGCUAUGCUGUAAGGAAGGAUGAAAUAGUUCUUCUACUGAUAUGCUGUUAGGAAGGAUGAAAUAGUUCUUCUACUGCUAUGCUGUUAGGAAGGAUGAAAUAGUUCUUCUACUGCUAUGCUGUUAGGAAGGAUAAAAUAGUUCUUCUGCUGCUAUGCUGUUAGGAAGGAUGAAAUAGUUCUUCUACUGCUAUGCUGUUAGGAAGGAUGAAAUAGUUCUUCUACUGCUUUGCUGUUAGGAAGGAUAAAAUAGUUCUUCUACUGCUAUGCUGUUAGGAAGGAUGAAAUAGUUCUUCUACUGCUAUGCUGUUAGGAAGGAUGAAAUAGUUCUUCUGCUGCAAUGCUGUAAGGAAGGAUAAAAUAGUUCUUCUACUGCUAUGCUGUUAGGAAAGAUAAAAUAGUUCUUCUACUGCUAUGCUGUUAGGAACGAUGAAAUAGUUCUUCUACUGCUAUGCUGUUAUGCAGGAUGAAAUAGUUCUUCUACUGCUAUGCUGUUAGGAAGGAUGAAAUAGUUCUUCUACUGCUAUGCUGUAAGGAAGGAUGAAAUAGUUCUUCUACUGCUAUGCUGUUAGGAAGGAUGAAAUAGUUCUUCUACUGCUAUGCUGUUAGGAACGAUGAAAUAGUUCUUCUACUGCUAUGCUGUUAUGCAGGAUGAAAUAGUUCUUCUACUGCUAUGCUGUAAGGAAGGAUGAAAUAGUUCUUCUACUGCUAUGCUGUUAGGACGGAUGAAAUAGUUCUUUUACUGCUAUGCUGUUAGGAAAAAAAUCUAUUUUAAAAGAAUGAUCUUUCAAUAAUCCUCUGUCUUAUCCUUCUAUAAUCUUCUGGUCCUUCAUUCAGUCUCUGAUCUCUGACCACUCAAUAAUCCUCUCAAUAAUCCCCUGAUCUCUCAAUACUCCCGUGAUCUCUUAAUAAUCCUUGGAUCUCUCUAAAAUCUUUGGAACUCUCAAUAGUCCUCUGAUCUCUUAAUAAUCCUCUACUCUCUCGAUAAUCCUCACAUCACUCAAUAAUCCUCUGAUCUUUCAAUAAUCUCCUGAUCACUCAAUAAUACUAUAAUCCCUUUAGUUCUACGCCCACGACAGAAACGUAAGCAUUCGCCAACAACACAAAGAACUCCAGUACCUCGCCUCCGAUGAUUACCUUGCACUUCUCCCAGAGUACCACCAGCGAGUUCAGGUAACUGUCCUCACAAACUUAUGUCAUGCCAAGAAUGAACAAUGCUCAAUAGAACACACAUUUCAAAUGGACAUUUUAUUGGAUCAUGGAAUGCAUCAGUGUUUCCCGACCCUUUAGACUGUAGAGCGUUUUCAUAAAUAAUUGUUCUAUGAUUUCUACCUCGGGCCAGCGACCCACAAUCCCAUGUUCUGUUAUUUUCGUAAUGGACACUAUUAUUAGCGUACCAUCUAAUCAAAUAUAAACGUUGAAUGGGUACAUACCAGAAGUUUGUGCUUACAUACCAGAAGUUUGUGCUUACAUACCAGAAGUUUGUGCUAACAUACCAGAAGUUUGUGCUUACAUAUCAGAAGUUUGUGCUAACAUACCAAAAGUUUGUGCUUACAUACCAGAAAUUUGUGUUUGCAUACGAGGAGUUUAUGCUUAUAUCUCAGGGGUCGUUACAAUCUUCUUGAAUCCUCCAUUAAAUACAUAUCAAGCAUAUCUUACAAACGAGUGGAAGAAGGUAAAAUUUAUCAGGUUGCUUCUGAUGUCCCGCUAUUAAUGCGUUAGAAAGUCAAUCAAGGGCCCACCAAUGUUUAAUAGAUUAAAACACAUUUUAGACAAAAGUGUGUACAAUAUUCCAGCUUUAGAUCUCUUCGUCAAUCCAUGGGUAGGCCUAUAUAAACAGAUGAACUAUGGGUAGGCCUGUAUAAACAGAUGAACUAUGGGUAGGCCUAUAUAAACAGAUGAACUAUGGGUAGGCCUAUAAACAGAUGAACUAUGGGUAGGCCUGUAUAAACAGAUGAACUAUGGGUAGGCCUAUAUAAACAGAUGAACUAUGGGUAGGCCUAUAUAAACAGAUGAACUUUGGGUAGGCCUAUAUAAACAGAUGAACUAUGGGUAGGCCUAUGUAAACAGAUGAACUGUGGGUAGCCCUAUAUAAACAGAUGAACUGUGGGUAGCCCUAUAUAAACAGAUGAACAAUGGGUAGGCCUAUAUAAACAGAUGAACAUUGGGUAGGCCUAUAUAAACAGAUGAACAUUGGGUAGGCCUAUGUAAAAAGAUACAAAAUUUUACACCAACGAAAACCAAAAAAACACAUAUUUCCAGCAAUACAAUGUCAAUAGAAUGUUGUAGAGUUGUUUUUUUGUUUUUGUUUUUGGGGGUGGGGGUUAUUGGGGGUCGCUUAGGGGUUGGGGGUUGGUAGUGUUAGAUGAAAUUGUACUAAAAAUUAUAUUAUUUUGAUGGAAUAAAAAUCCAAUACAUAUUUUUCCAAAUCUUAAGGUAUUAAAAGGGCUCAAGUAUAUCAGCGAAGACGACCUGGUCCAACUUAAGGGUCGAGUUGCCUGCCUUAUGAUGCAACACGAGGUCCUCAUCACAGAGGUCAUCAUGGAGAACUUGCUCACUGACCUUGACCCUCCCGAAAUCGCCGCCCUGCUCAGCUGCUUUGUGUUGGAGACGAGCAGAUGCAAGCAGCCGUAUCUGAAAGGCGCCUUACAAAUCGUGAGUACUGCUGUUCAGACACUGAUGUUGAAAUUUCAUUCGCUGAGCCGGUUGGUACCCUCGCUAAGUAGCCUGCGUGGGGCCGUGACUCUCUCGCUGCAGCUCUAACACGGUGUUGAAUUGUGGGAAAUCUUCUAAAAAAAAUAGCUUGACGUUAAUAUAGCUACGAUACGAGAAGGAAUUUUUGUACACUUUUUUCCAGGGAAAACAACGCAUUCUUGAAAUUGUUGAAAAGGUUGGAUCAGCUCAGGUAGAAGCCGGCAUGAAGAUUCCUGUGGACUUUUUGAAAAAACAGAUGCAUUUUGGCUUGACCCAAGUGGUACAUGAAUGGGCAUUAGGAAAGGUACAGUUCUUUUGGGCCUCUUUUAAAUUAUUUACUCUGUAGGCUUGAUCGUCAGAGCAGAGAUUAAGGAACUCUUUUAGUUUUUUUCCGGUGGAAGUUCUUGUAAUUCAAAUCUAUGCUUUCAUAUGUUAUUUUGUACAAAAAAUAAUAAUAAAGAGUCAUUUUGCAAUAUUUAUCUCUGAUUAAGACAAUUUUUAAAAAAAAAAAUGUAUUUUUUUAGUAUAGCUCAAAAAAAAAAUCAAAAUACGUCACUAGAUUAUACUUCUAGUGUUUUAGGAGAUGCGAUUGAAUGUAUCAUUGGAAAAGACGUCUUAUAUGGUGUUAACACUUAACUUCCAGGCCUUCUCAGAGGUCACUCAACUGACCGACGUCCAGGAAGGCGUUAUUGUUAAGUGUAUUCAAACACUUCAUGACGUCUUAGCAAGGGUCAAGGCUGCCGGUGAGCUCAUUGGGAACCAGACUCUGGUGGUGAAAUGUCAGGCCGCCAUGACAUCCAUCAGACGUGACAUUGUGUUCGCUACAAGUCUCUACCUGCAGUGACCUUCGCGUUCGAUGCAAACUGCCCACUAGAAGAUACAAACUGCCUACCAGAAGAUACAAACUGUCCACGAGAAGAUACAACUUGUCCACUAGAAGUUACUAGAGUGGUACAAAAUUUAAUGAAUGAAUAGUGAAUUAUCUACGUCAAUCUUUUCAAAAUAGUGAACUUAAAAAAUGUGCCAAGGAUUUGAUAAAUUAAAUUAAAUAUUUUAUUUAUUUAUUUAUACUUAAUUUACUGCCAUAAUUACUUACACCCGGGAUCAACGAGUG